AUGAACUUCUUAACUUUGUUAUCAUUGAUAUCAUUGGGGUUAUCAUUCCCUUUAAAUCAUACCCUUCCAACUACUUCACCAAAAGUUGAUAAAUUCCAACCAAAAGUUUUCGUAGUUACAAUGUUCCUGUUAGAAGAAGAACAUUGGUUACAAAAUGUUUACUUUGCUAACAAUUUCACUUUACCAGGAUUAUCACCAUUAUAUCCAAUGGUUCAUUGUACUACUGAUUUUGACGUAUGUCACGUGACCACCGGAGAAGGUGAAAUUAAUGCUGCUAAUACUAUGAUGGCUUUAUUAUUAAAUCCUUUAUUUGACUAUAGUGAAACUUUCUGGUUAAUCAAUGGUAUUGCUGGAGGUCAUCCUCAAGAGAUUUCUUAUGGAUCGGUUACAAUUGCCAAAUAUGCGGUUCAAGUUGCCUUACAAUAUGAGAUGAGUUAUAAUGAUAUUAUGGCUGAUCAUAAAAAUUGGACUAGUGGUUAUUGGAGUUAUGGAUCUGAUGAUCCUUUAGCUUACCCAGAAAAUGUCUAUGGUACUGAAGUAUUCGAAUUGAAUGAAAAAUUAAGAGAUAAAGCUUUAGAAGUUGCUAAAUCCGUUGAAGAUCAAUUCGUUGAAGGUAGUGAAAGAAAUAUUGGUUUAAGAAAAUUAUACCCAUCACCAGCCAAUAAGAAACCUUUCGUUAAAGGAUGUGAUGUGUUAACUUCUGAUACUUAUUUCUCAGCUAAGACUUUAGAUGACUAUUUCUAUAAUUUAACUUCAGUUUUAACCAACGGUAGUGCCACUUACUGUUCAACUGCUCAAGAAGAUAAUGCUUCCUUAGAAGCUUUCAUCAGAUUAGCUAAAUCUGGUGUUGCUAGAUAUGAUAGAGUUAUUGUUAUGAGAUCAAUCAGUGAUUACGCUCAACCUCCUUCUAACUUUACUGAUCCAGUUUAUUGGUUCAAUGAAUACGAUCAAGGUGGAAUCCAAGCUUCCUUAGAUAAUUUAUUCACUGCAGGUUUUGCUAUUGUAGAAGAUAUUUUAAAUAAUUGGGAUAACUAUACCGAAAUCCAAGCCGAUAAUUACUUAGGUGACAUUUUUGGAACCUUAGGAGGUAAAAUGGAUUUUGGUAAAGAAUCCUAUGUUAUUCAUUAA